CUAGAUAGAUUACUUUUUGGUGCAGAUUGCAAGCGUGGCUCAUUUGAACCUGUGCGCUUGGGUCAUUUUGGUGAGGAAGCCUACAAAUCAGCACUACUACAGGAGGAACCUGGGAGAGGCUGGAGAGACCCUGAACUGACACCCCAGCCCUGUCCCAAGCCAUUGUUGAUCUUCCACGCCUCCAUGUCCCGGGUGUAGGUUAAACCCUGAAGUCCCACCCCUGUGACAUCCCAGGGUCCCCUCUCCAGCCUCAGCACCAGCAUCAGCCCCUCUGACGACCUACCAUGCCCCUGAUCGUGGAUGCUGUGUGGGCCGUGUGGAGCAUCGGGGCCGGGGUCUAUGACUACUUCCACACCAGUGCGAUGGAGGAACGCAUCGGCAACCUGGAGAGCGUCCUCACCAUCCACCAGUGUGUCAUAGCAGCUCUGUCCGCAGGCCUCGUCCUCCUCAUGACCUACAUACUGUGGAGAAAACACUGAAGCCAUGGUUGUAUUCAGUCAGUGAGAUGGCACUGAGGGGGGUUUCCCCUAGGUGCAGAUCUUGGAUCAUUUCCCCCUCCCUCAAUCCUAUCUGUAACCAGUAGUGGGGGAAGAUGCUAAACUGACCCAAGAUCAGCAUCUAGGGGCAACUUCACCCUACUCUAGCGGAGAUGGGAGAUGAGACUGUCCUAGAUACUCCAGAGCUAAGGACUGCAUUACGGAUAGCAUCGGCUACUCACCAGACUAACAGCCAGUCCCAAAUCACUCCCUAACCCUCCCCUAUUGUCUUAUGUCAUAUCAUGCGAUGACUGUCAGUUUAGGGACGGGGCAUCGUGUAGGAGUGACGCCACCUAGCAUAAGAUAAGGACCUUGGCACUAACCCUUGGGUGUUGGCAGAUCUGAAGGGUCUUGAUGGGUAUAAGCAGUGUAACACUGGAUCAUCACAUUACUACUGGAGCUCAACAGACAGUCCUCAACCCUAGUCCUUCCUCUCGGCCCUGACCCUCAAAUGAACGGUCUGGAUAGGUAUGACAACUGGGUAGGUAUAGGAUUCUGUUUCAUCAAAGCGCUACUAUUGGAAGACGAGCUCAAGAGACCACGAGGAGUUUCUUGUGGAAGCUUCCUGGUGGACAGUAGCCCUGGUAUACAGUGCAAAGGCUCUAUCAGAGCUGGUUGGAGUAUUGUCAUCCCUCCAGGUCUCGUUCGUCACUCUGCCAUUACUUGGAAGGGGAUUGAGAGGAAGUCUGGGAGCUGAGGGUCGCUGGAGAGGGGUUCUUCAAUCUGAGAGCCAGAGUGCCGUGUUGACUGUAGCCUGGUCCCAGAUCUGUUUGUGCUAUUGUGUCAACUCCUUGCCAUGCCAAACAUGGAAUUGACAUGAAAGCACCAACAGAUCUGGGACCAGUCUAUCAUGACUGGCUGUGAUCAGAAAACACUGUAUUUUGCUACUGUGUGGAUAAUGCCUGGUCCCUGAUCUGUUUGUGCUGUCUUGCCAACAAUGACCAUAAUGACCGUAGGAGUGGGCAAGACCAUACAAACAGAUCUAGGACCAGGCUAACUCAGGCCACUUGUUUAAUUUAAAACUAUCAUCCAUUGAAUGUGAUUGAUUCAUUCUGGUCCUGUUAUAUUGCCGAAAGGGAUUUGUGAAACAUGGCUUCUGUCCAUGUCACUGUAGAAUAAGCCAACAUAAUAAUGACACUGUUGGGACUAAACAUUUUAAACCGCUUUCCCGGGACACAGUUUAAGCCUAGUCCUUAGAAUAAAAAGCCUGGUCAAUGGAGAAUCUCCGUUAAGUUAAUUUUUUUUUUUAAUUUUUUUUUUAGCCCAGGACUAGACUUAAACUGUCUGAAAUCUUCCAUGUAAGAGAAAGAUAAACACCUUUUUUUUAAGUUACUGUCGAGGUUAAACAUUGUUACACGUUUCCAUGACGAUGACACCUUUUAACGGUUUUCUCUGUAUUUGUACGUCAUAACAUCUCCUUUUUAAAAUCAUGCUUUUAUCAUUGUUGGGUCUGUUCCCUGUCUACCUGGUUCACUAUCAUCAUGUCUGUCGGCCAUUGUUGGGUCUGUUCCCUGUCUACCUGGUUCACUGUCAUCAUGUCUGUCGGCCAUUGUUGGGUCUGUUCCCAGUCUACCUGGUUCACUAUCAUCAUGUCUGUCGGCCAUUGUUGGGUCUGUUCCCUGUCUACCUGGUUCACUAUCAUCAUGUCUGUCGGCCAUUGUUGGGUCUGUUCCCUGUCUACCUGGUUCACUAUCAUCAUGUCUGUCGGCCAUUGUUGGGUCUGUUCCCUGUCUACCUGGUUCACUAUCAUCAUGUCUGUCGGCCAUUGUUGGGUCUGUUCCCUGUCUACCUGGUUCACUGUCAUCAUGUCUGUCCGCCAUUGUUGGGUCUGUUCCCUGUCUACCUGGUUCACUGUCAUCAUGUCUGUCGGCCAUUGUUGGGUCUGUUCCCUGUCUACCUGGUUCACUAUCAUCAUGUCUGUCGGCCAUUGUUGGGUCUGUUCCCUGUCUACCUGGUUCACUAUCAUCAUGUCUGUCGGCCAUUGUUGGGUCUGUUCCCUGUCUACCUGGUUCACUGUCAUCAUGUCUGUCGGCCAUUGUUGGGUCUGUUCCCUGUCUACCUGGUUCACUGUCAUCAUGUCUGUCGGCCAUUGUUGGGUCUGUUCCCUGUCUACCUGGUUCACUAUCAUCAUGUCUGUCGGCCAUUGUUGGGUCUGUUCCCUGUCUACCUGGUUCACUAUCAUCAUGUCUGUCGGCCAUUGUUGGGUCUGUUCCCUGUCUACCUGGUUCACUAUCAUCAUGUCUGUCGGCCAUUGUUGUCGACUGAAGUGCUACUGUGAGUAUUUUGCUGAAUCACUACCUGGUUGUUGGUUUCUAUGUGAACAAACGGUAUUUAAUGUCAGGUUAAUAAAUAAUGUGAUUAACUCUGCACUAUUCUUUCCUCCUUAAUGUAUGUGAAGUAUUCGUUUAUCAUGUACAAACUAUGAUUUGUAAUUCCUUUGAAAGUUGGGUGCCAUGCCAGUGGUCACAGCUGGUUGUCAUGACGUCACUGAGAUACUGUCCUGUAGGUUGUAACUACAACCUUGUUCCUGGAGAACCAGAUCCCU